AUGUUGGAGAACUACAGGAACCUGGAGUCUGUGGGUAUCACCAUUUUGACUGUGGCAAAACCUUCAGUCAGAAAUCACCUUUUGUAUACCAUUGUAGACUUCAUACUGGAGAGAAACUACAAAUGUGAAGAAUGUGACAAAGUUUUUAGUCGCAAAUCAGACCUUGAAAAACAUAAAAUAAUUCAUACAGGAGAGAAACCAUACAAAUGUAAGGUUUGUGACAAGGCUUUCGGGUGUGAUUCACACCUGGCACAACAUCAGAGUGUUCAUAUUGGAGAGAAACCUUACACGUAUAAUGAAUGUGGCAAGGUUUUUAAUCAAAAAGCAAACCUUGUAUGUCAUCUUAGACAUCAUACAGGAGAGAAACCUUACAAGUGUAAUGAGUGUAGCAAGACCUUCAGUCAGAUAUCAUCUUUUACAUACCAUCGUAGUUGUCAUACUGGAGAGAAACCUUACAAGUGUAAUGAGUGUGGCAAGACCUUCAGUCAGUCAUCCUUUGUAGUUCAUCAUAGAAUUCAUACAGGAGAGAAACCUUACAAGUGUAAUGAGUGUGGCAAGACCUUCCGUCAGUCAUCAUCCUUUUCAGUUCAUCGCAGAAUUCAUACAGGAGAGAAACCUUACAAGUGCAAUGAGUGUGGCAGGACCUUCCGUCAGUCAUCAUCCUUUUUAGUUCACCGUAGACUUCAUACUGGAGAAAAACCUUACAAGUGUAAUGAGUGUAGCAAGACCUUCAGUCAGGUGUCAUCCCUGAAAUGCCAUCGUAGUCUUCAUACUGGAGAGAAAGCUUACAAGUGUAAUGAAUGUGGCAAGACCUUCAGUCAUUCAUCAUCCCUUUUAGUUCAUCGCAGAAUUCAUACAGGAGAGAAACCUUAUAAGUGUAAUGAGUGUUGCAAGACUUUCAUUCAAAAGGUAUCCCUUAUAAGGCAUCGUAGACUUCAUACUGCAGAAAAACUUUAGAAAUGCAAUGAGUGUGGCAAGACCUUCAGUCAAAUGUCAUCUCUUGUAAUCUAUUGUAAACUUCAUACUGGAGAGGAAACCUUAGAAGUGUAAUGAGUGUAGCAAGAUCUUCACUUAUAAUUCAGACCUUAUAAUUCAUAAGGCAAUUCAUUCUGGAGAUAAACUGACAAGUGUAAUGAGUGUGGCAAGGUUUGUGAUUAACAAACACAGCUUGCACAACAUUAGAGAGUUCAUACUCGAGAGAAACCUUGCAAAUGUAAUGAGUGUGGCAAAGCCUUUGGUGUGCAGUCAACACUUAUCCACCAUCAAGCGAUCCAUGGUAUAGGGAAACUUAAUGUAAUGAUUCUCACAAUGUUUUCAGUAGUUACAACCAUUGCAAAUUAUUAGAGAAUCCAUAAUAAAGAGACAUCUUACAAGUGUAAUAAAUGUGACAAGUUGUUCCAUCA